CUCGCGCUAGACUGCAGAGAAUCAGUUCUAGGGGACAGGGCUGCAUACAAACGCUGGAUCCUCGACAAUUCGGGUAUAAACUUAAUUUGACUGAUUCAACUCUCGUUUACCUGUUCCUCUCCUCAGUUCGUGCAAGGGUUUACUUUAUUUUCUAGUUGUAAUACCAGCGAGUGGAAGCGAGCUGCGUUUAGCUGCAUUGUCUCUCUGCAUAGACCUGCUUCACUCUCCAUCCAGUCAAAAAGUGCGAUUAAAAAAACAAACAUUGUUAAGGUAGUGUAUUGGUAAGUGUUUGAACUUUAGCUGAUUAUAUAUCUAGUUAGUCUCUCAUAACUGCUGCAUCGGUUGAUUAGGCUAUUGUAUUGUAGUUUGUGUUUUGCCUUCAUGCUUUAUAGUGAUGCAGUUUCAGCAGGCUAAAGAAACAUGACGAUUCUUAGUUUAAAUCUUUGCUGGGGCAUGCUCUUUUGAUGCGCAAUAUACAUCCAUUUGCAAUUGGCGAUUUUCUUUUACCUAAGUAUCCUCCUCAAACCAAGAUAAACAGUUUUGUGGACAGAAGCCUAAGUGCACAAUGAGGUCCCUCCACGACUUUUUCAAUUGCACUUAAAAAGAAGAGGGAGAGAGAGGGCGAGAGAGAGGCUGCAGGAAGCGACGCCUGCCAACCCUCAGGGGUUCCUACAUCAAACAGACUCUCGCGUCAUCUUAGCAUUUGAAACGGAGACGACUCUUGAUAGGUUGAUAGAAUAUAUAGACAUAGACGUCUUUCUCGCUAAUCUAAAGCAAGAUGAAGAAGUUUCGAAAGGUACUGGACGGCCUGUCAUCCUCCUCCCCGGGGGGUGUUGCGUCCCCCUCGUGCGGCAGUGCAGCUGGUACCCCGACCGCUCACGCGCCCACUCCCCAGGAUAUCCAUGUCCAGGAGACGCUAGUCUCGGAAAACUUUCAGAUAUGCAAGACGGUACGCCAUGGCUUCCCGUACCAGCCCACCUGCCUGGCCUUUGAUCCCGUCCAGAAGAUCCUGGCCAUCGGCUCCAGAACAGGAGGCAUUCGGAUCCUGGGACGGCCUGGUGUGGACUGCUAUAGCCAGCAUGAAAGUGGAGCCGCUGUCCUCCAGCUACAGUUCCUCAUCAACGAGGGGGCGCUGGUUACGGCAUGUGCAGACGACACGCUACACCUGUGGAACCUUCGCCAGAGACGCCCAGCCAUCCUGCACUCGCUUAAAUUCAACAGGGAGAGGAUCACUUUUUGCCACCUCCCCUUCCAGAGUAAAUGGCUGUACGUGGGCACAGAGCGUGGCAAUACACACAUCGUCAACAUCGAGUCCUUCGUUCUGUCUGGAUACGUCAUCAUGUGGAACAAGGCCAUAGAACUAGCAACUAAAGCACAUCCAGGGCCCGUGGUCCAUCUGAGUGACAGCCCGAAGGAUGAAGGCAAGUUGCUGAUAGGGUUUGAGAGUGGAACAGUAGUCCAAUGGGACCUCCGAUCCAAGAAGGUUGACUUCAGAAUCUACUACGAUGAGGCUAUCCAUUCUGUGAGCUGGCAUCACGAGGGGAAGCAGUUCAUGUGCAGCCACUCAGAUGGCAGCCUGACUAUGUGGAACCUGAGAAACACAGCCAGGCCCAUUCAGAUCACAUACCCUCACGGGAAGAUACUGAAGGACGGGAGGAAAGAGUCGUGUAAGCCCAUCCUCAAGGUGGAAUACAAGACCUCCAGGAACAGCAGUGAGCCCUAUGUCAUCUUCUCUGGGGGUCUGUCAUAUGACAAGUCCGGUGGAAGGAGGCCCACCCUGACCAUCAUGCACGGCAAAGCCAUCACAGUGCUGGAGAUGGACCACCCUAUCGUAGAGUUCCUAGUACUCUGUGACACCCCAUACUCCAACGAGGUCCAGGAUCCUUAUGCAGUGGUUGUGCUUUUAGAAAAGGACUUCAUCGUGGUGGAUCUGACACAGAGCAACUUCCCCAUCUUUGAGAACCCCUACCCAAUGGACAUCCACGAGUCUCCUGUCACCUGUACGGCUUACUUCGCUGAGUGCCCUCCUGACAUCAUCCCCAUCCUCUACUCCAUAGGGGCCAAGCAGAAGAAGACUGGCUACAGCCACAAGGAGUGGCCAGUGAGCGGUGGCACAUGGACACUAGGCUCACAGACCUACCCAGAGAUCAUCGUCACAGGACACGCAGACGGAACCGUAAAGUUUUGGGACGCCUCUGCUAUUACACUGCAGAUGCUGUACAAGCUGAAGACGUCCAAGGUGUUUGAGAAGCCCAAGGCGGGAGAGGGUCGGGCGGGCGAGCUGGUAGAGGAGGACCCCUACGCCAUUCAGAUGGUCAGCUGGUGCCCACAUAGCCGUCUCUUCUGUGUGGUGGGCAUUUCUGCCCACGUCAUCCUCUACCGGUUCAGCAAACACGACGCCAACACGCAGAUAGUGUCACUAGAGGUGCGCCUGCAGUUUGAUUCAGAGGACGUCAUCUCCCCGUCAGAGGCAGAGAACAACCCGUGUUUCUCGGACCCCAGUUCCCCCCAGCCGCCCGGUAGCCCUGGUAGUGGCACACAGGACAGCCUCCCCUGCCUCAAGGUGAAGAGUCGUCCAGUGCGGAUGCCCCCGGGGUACCAGGCUGAGAUGGUGGUGCAGCUGCAGUGGGUGGAUGGAGAGCCCCCCCAGCAGAUCACCAGCCUGGACAUCAACUCUGCCUACGGCCUCCUAGCGUUUGGGAACUGUAAUGGUCUAACGGUGGUGGACUUCCUUCAGAAGACGAUCCUGAUGUGUAUGGGCACACUGGACCUGUACGGAGCCGCAGACCCCUACCAACGACUCACACGCUCCCCACGCAAGAACAGACAGUCCACCUCAGACUUUUGCAUGCGUGGCCUGUCUCACUUUUAUUCAGAUUCAAAGAAAAGGAUCCGUACGUCCUAUCAGAGCCUUACAGAACUCUCCGAUAACCAGGUAUCCAUGGACAUGGAGAGAAGCAAGUCACCCACCUCAGUUCCCUACCCAAGCUCUCUUCACUAUGACCCUCGCUCCAUGCCUGAGCCUGUGGCCAGUCUGAGAGCCAGCCACUGCAGUCCAGUCUUUUACUUACUGGACAAUGUAAAGGGACCCGGCAGAAAGUUAAGUCUGCCAACAGAUCUUAAGACUGAUCUUGAUCAUGUCAAUGGACAUUGCACUAGUCCCACCUCCCAGCCCUGCUCCGUGGGGAAGCCUCGCAUCACAGGGGUUCCCGAGGGCCCGCGGCUCACCCGGAGAGGGCCUGGCCGACCGCCCUUCCGCAAGGCCCAGUCCGCCGCUUGCAUGGAGAUCUCUUUGCCUGUUUCCUCCCACACAGAAGGUGGCCAUGCGUCCAGGAGGGCAAUGCUUCAGCAGUUGCAUGGAGUCAGUAUGUACUCCCACGACGAGCACCACACCACCUCCUACAACUGGAGCGAGAGAGAAAGUAGAGAGAACUCAUUCAGUCGCUCGCGGAGCUCCAGUGUGUCCAGCAUUGAUCGCGACACCAAGGAGUCAGUGACCACGCUGCAGUUCGGAGAGUCCUACGGCCGUAAGGGCGAUGCUCUGCCUACCGCCUGCCUGUGGGUGGGCACCAGCCUGGGCGUGGUCCUGCUCCUGCCCAUAUCCAUCCCCACAGAAGAGGAGGAGAGGAUGGAGGAGCCCAUCACCAUGGGGCCCAGUGGUACCGUCCUGAUGCUAAAAGGCUCUGUGUUGCGAUUUGCCUUCCUGGACUGUGGGGGCGCUCUCAUUCAGAGUCCCUACGAGGUGUGGCGGGACCCCAACGGUCCGGAGGACCCCGACCGGCCCCGCAGGCGCAAGCUGAUCAACUUCUCCCCAUCAUCCUCCCAGGAGGCGUGCGGUGACGGUCACCUGGCCGUUGUGUGCUCUGAGAAGCAGGCCAAGGUCAUCCUCAUGCCCACCCAGGCUGUCCUGUUCACCCACAACAUCACCGAGUCCUCCUUCCUCCUGCGGGCUGACGUUGUCUCCGUCUGCAACAGCGUCUGCCUGGCCUGCUUCUGCGCCAACGGACACAUCAUGACCCUAAGUUUGCCCAGUCUAAGACCCCUGAUGGAUAUCAACUACCUUCCCUUGACCGACUUGCGUAUCGCCCGGACCUUUGUCUUCACUAACGGAGGCCAGGCCCUGUAUCUGAGCUCUCCUACAGAGAUACAGCGUCUCACAUACAGCCAGGAGAUGACGGACAACCUACAGGACAUGCUGGGGGAGCUGUUCACUCCUAUAGAAACACCAGAGGCCCAGAACAAAGGAUUCCUCAAAGGCUUCUUUGGGGGCAACGCCCAGACCUUCGACAGAGAGGAGCUGUUUGGGGAGGCAGCAGCGGGAAAGGCCUCUCGGAGUUUGGCCCAGCACAUCCCUGGUCCAAUGGGAUUGGAGAACAUGAAGGCUGCAGCCGGCGGCGUCGUGGGGGACCUGGCCCGAGCCCGCAUCGCCCUGGACCAGAGAGGAGAGAGACUGGGCGAGCUGGAGGAACGCACCGCCCUCAUGAUGAACAGCGCCGAGACCUUCUCCACACACGCCCACCAGGUGAUGCUGAAACAUAAGGACAAGAAAUGGUAUCAGCUUUAAAGGCAGGACAGCGGGCUGUGACUGCCCCUCCACCUGGUGGGGGGGCACUAUGCUGGGACAUGGACCUUUACUCGAUGGACAUGAGAGCGAUAGAGAUAGACACAAGAGGGACUUUGUGUUAACGGGCCUCUCUGUAGGCCGUCUGUACAUCAUUGUCACAAGACUUGGACAGAGGGCAGUCACUUAUCUAGACUAUAGUGAGAUGGACACAGACCAGGAAGUAAGUUGGUACGACAGGGGGAACCCAAAGUGGAUGAUGACAGUCCAUCAGUGUGUGUGGGUGGGUUACCCAGAUCUUGCUGUGUAGAUACUCUAAAGUUAAUAAUCCAACAAGACUGCAUGAAACUAAACAGAUGAGUACAAAAAAAAGUAAAACUGCAAUAUUAGAAAGCAGCAUGCUACUUUAACAGAGGGAAAUAAAACAAAAUAAAACUUUUAUUUAAUAAUAUAAGCCAACAACAGAAAGUAUGAAAAAAACUUUAUAUUUUUUGAAAUAU